AUGGCCGACGGCAGGCAGGAACAGAUUAGACAUUUAAUAGUUAAUUCGCUAUUUCGUAAGCAGGUCGAAGAUCCUAAAAACCCAGGGUAUGCAAUUCUAUACGAGAACCUGCUGGCACAUGCAAAAGUGUAUGAGGAUGCAUCAAGUCACGCACAACAGGGUAAAUCACGUCUUCGGCCUAGCAAGGCUGAGACAAAAUGUCGGUAUUUACUGGUAGCAGAAAGAUAUGAUGGAGCAUUCCAUCUCUACAAGUCAAGAAAGUUCGAAAAUAAGUUUUCUAUUGGACAAUCAUGGCCUUUAGAGCAGCUCCGUGCUAUUGAAGGAAUAAACCCAACGACAUUCGUUGUGACUUUGAAUAAAGCUUACUGCUGGUCAACGGAUACCCCAUAUGAUAAACAAGCAUUCUUAUAUAAUUUGGUACAGGUCUACAGAAAGUUCACUAAUCAACUGCCAAGACUUGCCAGCUGCGAAGACUUUUGGAUAGAGGAACAAACUCAAUCGGAUGAAUUUGCAAUGGCCUUAUCUUUACAGGAGAAGCUCGCAAAUGCGAAUUCAACUACUAGUUUUCGUAGUUUCGAUUCGGGUCUCCGUAACCUUGCCAAGAAUGAUAGAUCGACGCCCUCUUUGUUAGCUGGAGCCAACGCCAGCGAGUCGAAUAGCAUUAUGAAUUAUGCAAUAGAUGAAGAUGUUAAACAGGAAGAAAUAUCUUUGGCGAACGUUGAGGAGCUUUUAAACGAUUUUGAUUGGAAGGAAGCUGGCAAUGCUGCUGCAUUGGAAGAGAGACUACUGGAUGAGCUUGCAGCCCUGGAAUCUGCAAAUAUACAUGCUAUGGUAGAAUCAGAUGAUAGGCUUAAUUCCGUAAUCAGACAGUUGGAUAAAGCCAUCAGUGAAUUGGAUAAUAUGGAUAGUAUGCUCACCUUGUAUACAACUGAACUUAAUAGCAUGGGUGAUGAAAUCCAUCAUAUUGAAUCUCAAAACCGAGGUUUACAAGUUGAGACAGCUAACCAGAAAGCUUUGCUAACGGACUUGGAUCGAUUAAUUAACUUAAUUACUAUAUCAGACCAAGUACUACAAACAUUGCUUGGUGAAUCAUUAAACACCGUACAAGGUGUACAAAAAAUUGAAGCAGCUGCAGAUAUCUUGCAAAAGGCUUUAUUAACAUCUUAUGACGAAUCAACGCGUGGAAUGGCAGCAGUCAAGGAAAAGAUGGGAUUAUACACGAAAUACAGCAACCAAUUUUGUGUAAAUUUCUGUGAAUUCACGAAACAGGCAAUUAAGUAUCAAGCAGAUGUUCUGAUGAACGAUAAAACAAGAGAGCCUCGUCGGGAUAGCAUGACUAUAUUAGGGCACGAGAGUAUAGAAGAAGUCUUGUCUAGGUACAUGAGUUUAUCACUCUGGCUUAAAGAAAUAGACCCAAGGAAACAUAACGAGUUACAGUUGGCGUACGUUGUUUCGGUGGAACCAAUCUAUCGAAAAGAAUCAAAGGAAUACUUGAUGCAGAUACGCUCACUGUUAUCAAAGAGAGAAAUAUCAGAGGAAGCAACUUAUGCCUUUAGCGCUGCUCUGAUACAAGGACAUCACAGAAGUAGUCUCAUUUAUGGUUCGGCUGAUCAUGGCCGCGCGCCAUGGGAAUUCAAGGACUCUGGUAGGGGAAAACUCCCCCCUGAAGAAGCAUUUGAACAAAUACUGCUGACUCUUAUCCCUCUCAUAAUUCGUGAGCAAAACUUUAUAUCUGACUUUUUCCAUAUUGGAUCAAAAGGUCCAAAAUCAUUCCAAGAUCGCGCAGAACUUGCUAGUUGGCAUCCAAAAGAGCUAAAUACAACUCGUGAAGUCAUCAAAGAUGUAAAAGCUCAGAGAAAACUACUAGAGCAUAUGGAGAAGAUUUUUGGAUUUCUAGCGGAAGAGUUAAGCAGCUUUAUUGAAUAUGGCUGUAAACAUGACAAUAUUCAAUGUGUAGGAAUGAUUGCACGUAUUGAGAAAUACAUACAGGAAUACGAAAAGACAAGUCAAGAGUUUUUUGUGAAAGUAAUGAAACAAGUGAGAGCCCAGUGUAUUAACAUCUUCCAACGAUUUAUGGUCGAACAAUUAAAAGCAAUAGAAGAUACAAAAGUUACUACAAAGAAACGGAAAGGCAUUGUUCUGUUUAUCAGAAUAUUCCCAAGAUUCUGUGAACGUAUUGAGCACUCUAUAGCAGAUGUGGCAAGCCUUGAAAUACGCGACAUAGUAAACAGGGCAUACGAGACUCUCGUGAAGACAAUGUUUGACAACCUUGAGGCUAUUGCAAGAGACGUAUCGUCUAUUAAUGAUGACAAGGAACAGUUGAACGUUCACAUAAUGAUACUUGAGAAUAUGCACCAUUUCCACAAUGAGAUACGAAUGCGUAAAAUUCAUGUUCUUGAUCCAUACACGGUGUAUGCAAAGAGUUCAUACGAGAAGCAUCUUGAGGCAUAUGCAACAAAAGUGCUCCAAAAGCCAUUCAGCAAGCUAAUAGAAUUCUUCGGUGGUAUUGAUAACCUCCUGAAAACAUCAGCACCCGAAGAAGUCGGAUUCCAUAUGAGAUACAGUAAAGAAUCAUUAAAGAAAAUUACGGAACAUUACACUGCAAGAGAGAUCAAGAAAGGUCUUGAACAGCUUUACAAACGUGUCGAAAAGCAUUUCACAGAGGAAGAGGGGCUUUUGCGAGUAGUGUGGGGGAUUAUUGGUCAAGUGGUAAUCGAUAACCAUAAACACUUUAUAGAUUUAAUUAAUAGAUGUUAUCCGGAUUCCAAUAUUAAAUUGGAAUAUUCGUUGAGCGAUUUACAGAACUUUAUCAAAGUGGUACAUGAAGGCAGAAAAUCAUAA